GCUUACCUUUGAUGACAGACGAAUGCAGAACCAUCGCAGUCCAUAUAAUAAAAGCGCUUUGAGCCCUCAUGUUAGAUAAAGCGACUCGAGCGAGCGCGCGCAGACACCGUGCAGAUUCGCUCUGUGAUUCCCGGGAUGAUCUUUCCGUUAGAUGACAGCGGACAUCAUCGGAGCUAAAAAUAUCCCGAGGGCUCUGGGCUUCGACAGCGGGGUGUGGUUAAGCGCAGCCUACAGUCUAAACGACAGCUAAAGAGAGCAAAAGGCUUCGGGCUAUUAGACCGUCUGAAUCGAAUGUGAAGGAGCCGAAUGAUUUGAGAGUGAAGUGAAUGAAGUGUGGCGUCAGUCCCGUCCGCUCUUAUUUAGUGCUGCUACCCACGUGUGCGCCGGUGGACCAUCCCGUUAGAUCUGCCCCCCGCACACAUGACCUGACAGGACUCCAAAAACACCCCCUCACACAUUACCACUGAGUACUGACUGUCACACAAGAAUAGGACAUAAGGAACUUCAUGAGGAUUGAGAAUGGAGGCAGUGAAUGCGGACGACUUCACAGUGGAGGCAGUGGAGAGGGCUCUUCAGCAGCUUUACUAUGACCCUGAUAUGGACAAGAAGAAUGUGGCCCAAAAGUGGCUCACACAAGCCCAAGCAUCACCACAAGCCUGGCAUUUCUGCUGGGCUUUGCUCCAGCCAGACAAAGUUCCUGAGAUCCAGUUCUUUGGGGCAAGCACAUUGCAUGCUAAAAUCUCCCGCCACUGGUCUGACCUCCCGCCCGGUCAGUUAGACUCGCUCCGCUCGCAGCUCAUUGCUCAGGUCGGCCAGUUUGCAUCAGGGCCUAAGAUGGUGCUGACGAGACUCUGUGUCGCUCUGGCCUCUUUGGUCCUUCACGUCCUACCCGAAACGUGGCCGACGGCAGUACCAGACCUUCUGUGUGCCUUCCAAACUGGAGAGGGUGUGACGGAGGCUGACGGUCAAGCCCGAUGCCUCGCGCUUCUAGAGCUUCUCGCCGUUCUGCCCGAGGAGCUUCAAAGCAGCAGGAUCCCGGCCUCUCGGCGUUCCCAGCUGAGAAGCGCUCUUGCUGUGGACUGGAGCUCGGUCUGCUCCCUGUUCCAGCAGUUACUACAGCGGCCGGACGCACCCUGUCCGGUCAGAGAGCGGGUGCUGAGAUGUGUGUCCUCCUGGCUCACGCUGGGCAUCGCUUUAAAAGACAGCGAGGGGUUGCUGGAGAGUUGCUUUGCUCUGCUGAAGGAGUCUGAGCUGUUUGACACAGCUGUAGAGACCAUCGUCAGCAUCAUCUCACAGCCUGACUGUCAGAGGUUUGCAGACAGUCUGCUGAAGGUUGUUCCUCAGGUGCUGGGUCUUCAGGAGCAGCUAAAGAAAGCAGUGCAGGAUGGAGAUAUGGAGACAUCUCAUGGAAUCUGUCGCAUUGCUGUAGCUCUGGGAGAAACGCACUGCAGGACUCUUCUGGAGCAGGUGGAUCGCUGGCAGGGCUUUCAGGCUCUAGUGAGCAUGAUUAUGUCCUGCACAGGAACACCUGGACACUAUCCUGUGGAUGAGACCUCCAGCUCGCUCACACUCACAUUCUGGUACACCCUACAGGACGAUAUAACAUCAUUGGAUGUUGAGCGGCAGACGCUCUAUCUACAGAUCUACAGACCUGUGUACUUCCAGCUGGUGGAUGUUCUGCUGCAGAAGGCCAGUUUCCCCAGAGAUGAGGACUACGCCACGUGGUCCGCAGAUGACAAAGAGCAGUUCAGGACCUACAGGGUUGACAUCUCCGAUACUCUGAUGUAUGUGUAUGAGCUGCUGGGCCCAGAGCUCCUCAGAAACCUGUAUGAUAAACUCGGCACACUGCUGACAGACACAACACACCCCUCCUCAUGGCAAGAUAUAGAGGCUCUGCUGUUUGGGUUUCAGUCCAUUGCUGAGACAGUAGAUGUCAGUUACUCAGACGUCAUUCCAGGACUGAUUGGUCUGAUUCCUCUCAUCACAGCAAACAAUGUUCAGCUGGCUGAGACCAUCAUGUUCACCAUAGGCUCUUUGGCCGAGUGGUUGGCCGAUCAUUCGCUCAUGUUGGCGAGUGUCCUGCCUGUGGUCUUGCAUGGUCUGUCCAACCCGGAACUGUCCGUGGCUUGUGUUUCUGCUCUGAAGAGAAUCUGCCGAGAAUGUCGACAUGACCUCCACCUUCACGCCAGUGACAUCAUGGCCGUCUCACAGGCAGUGCUUGUCAAAGACAUCCAUAAAAGUCCUCAGUGUAUGUGGAUAAUGCAGGCGCUGGGGUUCCUGCUCUCAGCCCUGCCCAGUGACGAGAUUCUGGGGAAGCUGCUCUCCCUGGUCACCCCUCACAUCCAGCAGCUAGAGAAACUAGCCAAUGAGCCGCCCAGCUCUGCUAAUAAGCUUCCUAUAGUCCACAUCCUCGGCCUGCUGGCCAAUCUCUUCUCCACAUUUGACCUAAACAAGCAAAGCGAAAGAUUGGAGGUCAUGAGGCCCGUCCAAACACCGCCACACAACAACAACCCGGUGGUGGUUGUCCUGCAGCAGGCCUUCCCUCUGAUCCAGAUCAUUCUCAACAAGUGGCUGAAUGAACCGGAGGUGGUCGAGGCGGUGUGUGCUGCCUUUGAGAAAUCACUGAAGACCCUUCUCCAUGACUUUGCACCACUGGUGACUCAGCUCUGUGAGCUCAUUGGUCAGAUGUUCGGCGCUUACCCACAAGCCUCGGCUUUAGACCUCACAAGACAAUUAGUUCACAUUUUUGGCUGUGAGAAGGAUCUCUUUUCUCCAAUCACUGCUCUGUUGGAGCUGAUUACCAACAUCACCAUAUCCAUUUUUCAGCUCGGCUCCAGAGAUCAUCCAGAUGUGGUGGAGUCAUUUAUGCAGCUUCACAUUCAGGUAUUGAGAAGAAAGUCUGACCUUUAUCUUUCAGACCGUCUUGACAUCAAAGCUGUUUUCUACUGUGGAAUCUUGUCAUUCAAAUUUCCUGAAACUCCAACACUGAAAGCAACUUGUCUGCUAUUCACGGAGCUGAUCUCUCAUUGUGAGGAUAUUCCUGUUGUGAGGGAGGUGCUACAGGAGGAUGGCAAGCUGCUCCUUCAGACCCUACUAGAGCACAAAGAACACUUUUGCCAGCAGAUCCUCAGGGAACAAGUGAGUAAGCGACGGAUGAAGGACAUUGUGAAAGAGUUUGCUUUGUUGAGUCGAGGACUACAAGGUACUGAGUAUGCAGCAAGCUACUAAACACACUCUCUAUGCAAGAUCCAGAAUGGAUUCUGAGUUACAAUUGCUUUACUGUUGUGGGGUCAAAAGAUACAGUGCCCUAUUUUGAAUCAAGCCAUAUUGUUAACGUGUUAUGAUUGAAAAAGCAAUCUGAAUGAUUGAAAUAAUAGAUAUGAUUUUGAUUUUUGUAAUCCUAUCACAUCUUCUGUAAACACCACAACGGCACUGAUUUCACCACAAAAAAAUAUUUUUUUUUGCCUAUUAAAACGAU